AUGACAGACCAGGAUAAUUCCUACAGACCUCGAUCCCCCGAUUUCUCCUCCUUCCAAUCCAACUUCCCUCCCCCAGCGGCCAGCAGUCCCAGCUAUCAAUUCACUCCGCUGGCCCACCACGCCUCCUACGACGCCUCCCCGUUCUUCACCCCGCAAUACCACCAGCGGCCGGCCGCUGCACAGCAAUACGUGCCUCCGUUCUCCCCCAGUUACCCUGCACAGGAUUUCGAUAUGGCCCGGAGAUCAUCUCGCAUCGCGCGCGCAACCGAAGCCGACCCCGCGCCUGAAUCAAAAUACCUCGAGGAGCCCAGUGAGCCUGAGGCGCCAGAAGAGGUGGCUGAGUAUGAACCGGAACCCAAGCCUGAGCCCGAGGAGCCUGAGCUGCCGAUCAAGGAGGAGGUCAAGUCACGUCUCGGGGAGGGGAUAGAGGUUAAGACCAAGUUUCCGGUGGCGCGCAUCAAGCGCAUCAUGCAGGCGGAUGAGGAUGUCGGGAAGGUUGCGCAGGUUACCCCGAUUGCAGUGUCCAAAGCAUUGGAACUUUUCAUGAUCUCCCUCGUCACCAAGGCCGCCAAAGAAGCCAAAGACCGCAAUUCCAAACGCGUCACUGCGUCACAUUUGAAACACGCCGUUGCCAAAGACGAGGUUCUAGACUUUCUGGCAGACAUAAUCGCCAAGGUCCCGGACCAACCCAGUCGGAAACAGGAUGAUGACGGAAGUGAUCAGAACGAGGGGAAACGAAAGCGCGGAGGCCGACGACCGAAAGAAGAUAAUAGUGACUAG